AUGACGUCUCCUGUUAUGAAGGAUGAUAAAAAUGAUGAAUCGAACUAUGAUUUUAAAGAAUACUAUCCUAGAGACAAAACUUUGAAAUUACGUGAUAUUUAUAUUCCAACUUGUACAGAACUUUUUUAUCGUGAAAAUCCACUUAAAAUUGUUCGUUGUCAAGGAACAUAUAUGUAUGAUGAAUUAGGCAAUAAAUAUUUAGAUUGUAUUAAUAAUGUUGCACAUGUUGGUCAUUGUCAUCCAUAUGUUAAUGAACAAAUUUAUAGACAAAUGGGUGCAUGUGCAACAAAUAAUCGUUAUUUACAUGAUAAUACUGUUAUUCUUGCUGAAAAAAUUGCUAAAACAUUACCAAAAGGUCUUGAACAAAUUUUUUAUACUAAUUCAGCAUCUGAGGCUAACGAUUUAGCAAUUCGUUUAGCUAGAGAAUACACAGGAAAUCAUGAUAUUCUUGUACUUGAUAAUGCUUAUCAUGGUCAUUUGAUAAGUGUUGUUGAAUUGUCUACUUAUAUGUAUAAGAAAAUGACGAAACAAACAAAAAUGCCUGAACAUGUUCAUGUUGGUAUGGUUGAUCCUGGUGAAGAUGUAAGUCAAACAAUAAAACGUGAAUUUCAAGAAGAAGCAUUGCAAGAUAAUACUGAUGAACAGUAUAUAAAUCAAUUAUUUUCUAAUGGAUAUAAAAUAUAUGAAUCAUAUGUUGAUGAUCCAAGAAAUACAGAUAAUUCUUGGAUGGAAACAGUUGCUAUACUUUAUCACGAUGAAACAGGUGAAUUAACUAAACACAUUCAUUUGAAUGCAGGUGAUGAUGCUGGACAAGUUGCGUGGUGUCCAAUUGAUCGAAAACUUAAAUUAUAUGCCAAUCAUAAAGAAAUUGUUAAAGCAGCUGUCGAUCGACUUGGCGCAUAUUGGUAA